CUCCUCACCUAGUUUGAAGCAGCCAUGGCAUCUUUGCACCAGGAAGAAGCCCUCACUUCAAGUUCUCGAGCGAAUUUGCAAGAGUGCUUCGAGCUUCUUGCUGAGACGGUGCAGGUGCUGAGCAACUCGUCCCAGAGCCAGCGCCGAGCAGACGAAUUGGCCAAAGAAUAUGCCUCAAGGAUCAACUCGGUGCGUAGAGAGCUGAUGCAAGCAAUAGAUUCACUCUUGGAGGAGGAUGUGAAGUUGAAAAGUGAUGCAGCCGCGCAGGCUCAAACAUGUUUAGAUCUUCGUUUUCGAGUACGAUGCGGAGAAGAACGUCUUCGCCUUUCUAAGCGUUUGCGGGAUGAGUUUGCGGACUUCAACGAGUUUGCCGAGGCUGAGCGGGUCGAUAGCGGGUGGAAAAUGGCAAAAGCAGAUGCCAGCAGCAAUUGGAGCGCACAAAAGCCAGGUCAUCAAGUCCACGCGGUGACUUAUGGAAGGACCAAAAAGGAAUUGUUUGAUGAGCAUCCCCUUUGGGGUCUGUGUUGA